GCUCAGGUAACGUCGGGCCCAUGGUUGGGCCAAAGGACAAUAUGGCGUCUUCUAUUCCAAUAGCAGUCGAACAAUUAUUGGAGAGCAGAGUGCAAGAAAUCUCGCGUGAUGGACAAGAGACGCAUGUGCCUCAACUUUCCAUGUCUGAGGAGCUUGCUCAUCUCGCUCAAAAAAUUGACUUCACAAAAACGCUUGAAGAAGAAGAGGAAGAAACUGAUGUAGACAAAGGAGAUAAACCUCUAUUUCAACCAUCUCUUUGGCCUUGGGACUCUGUGAGGAAUAAAUUAAGAAACACAUUAACUAACCUUUGUGUCUUGGUGGAUAUACUUAAUGUUGCUCGUGAGAAGAAAUACAUUUCACUUGAUACAGUGUCACAAAUGGAAGCCCCUCCAAAACCUGCAGUUAGAUUGCUCAGUAAACGAAAGAAUUUUGCUGAUGCAAGCAAGAUUCUCAUUCAAGGAAUGCAAAACAUGGCAGUUGGUUUAAAAGAACAACAAGGGAAUGUAGACAGAAAUAAUUUUUAUGCUGAGUUGAUGAAACUUAGGAAACACUGGAGAUUGAAAAAAUCUGGAGACUUAAUUCUUGGGGAUCUUUCGUAUAAAUCUGCUGGUUCAAGGUUUUGGCACAGUGGUGCAUUUGAAGUUAAGAAAGAUACAAAUACAGAAGACAGAAAGAGUAGUCUUGAUGUGAACAUCUCAACUGAUUUAAGAGGUGUCAGAGAAAUGCAAGUAAAAAUUUUACAUGGAGAAGAGUUGACAUAUUCUUAUGGGAAAGAUUUACGAAAGACUAUAAAUCAGCAAUUCUAUCGUGAAGGUGUUGCACCAUGGCAUCAGGAACUAUGUAUUGCUCAAAAUAAUCUGUAUGUUAAAGAAUUGUUUGCUCAGCUUGUCCACGAGUGUUAUCACAGUAAAGGAUUGCCUAAACUAGUAUUAAACAAUGAAAUAAAAAUGGAGAUAUUUCCUCAGACAAUCAUGUCAAUAACUCAGACUCAUCAAACAAAUGAUGAAAAUGAAGAAAAACAGGUGAUCAACUAUCUUGUUGAUGAUUCAGAAAUUAACGAAGCACGUAUUGGUCAACUGCAAGGACCCACUCCCCUCAAUAUUUUCGAGUUCACGGGACAAAUAUUACUUCGACAGCAACAUCGUUUCAACUACGAUCAUUGUACACCACGCCCAGUGACUUCUGGGAUUGCAAUGAAAGGCAACAAAAAGAUUUGUGUUGCUGGUCCAUCAUGUAUGGUCUUAGAAGAUUUUAACAAGUUAAAAACAAAUCCAAAACUUUUGGAUAAGUUGAUCAAUAUAGCUAAACAUCACAUACUUACAAGAAGAGUUGAUAGAGUUAUUCAAGACUUAUCUGAAGAAAUAUCUGAUCCGCUGAUCUCUUGUCACUGGAGUAGUCUUUCAACGGAGACAUCCUCAUUUGCUUCUGUCUGUAUUGGCUUGGUAGAGAGAAUGGAAAGAACGUGCCUUGCCGUUAAAGUUGACAAAGACACAAUACAUGUAACUCGACAAGAUGGUUUGGGAAUCACGCUGUCUGCUGAUGUCAACGAACUAAAAGAAACGUUAAAAAAUCAGGUGCAAUUAUUUAUGCUAGAGAUUGCGAAGAAGGAAGCGUUACGUUUGGGAUGGAAUGUUAGAUGUAAUAAUUUCUUGGUUCGAUAGAUGGUGUAAAUGGUCAUCUUGCUGGAUUACUUCUUACUUUGCCCGAGAAAGAAAGGGAAGUUUUCAUCGAGAUUUCACCUCCUUCAAAUAUUCACAUCAAAGUCAAGUCUUCACAGUACGGCGACACUUUGCCAAAGAUUCUGGAGAAUGAGCCACAAUGGUCUUCUAUAUGUAGAAACUAUCAUUCCUUACACUACUUCAACACUCCUGGGAGAACAUUUUUGGAAAAAAUAACAAUUAUCUUACAAACCAGUUGAAAUCUGUAAGGUAUGUUUGUUAAGGACAAAUGUUCCUUAUAUGUCUUCAUUAGGCAAGAUUGUAUAAACGGAUCAUAAAUAUUUGUGUAAUAAUAUGCUAAGGUAGCAAACAAUAAUGAAUACAGGUGUUUUCGGGGAAAUGCUGCACGUCAUGAAAAUCUUUGGAUUUUUGACUUUCUAUACAUGCAGUUAAAUUCUUUACUUUGGGUUUUUUUCCUCGUCUUUAAUAACUUGUUUUCAAAUGAUGCAAUUAUACUGCUAGCAAUCCUCAUGCGUUUGCCGUGCGAAAAACGACAAGAUAAUGUUCAAUAAUUGUCUAGUGUUUUUGCAAUUAAAGAAGACGUCUGUCUAA